AUGUCGGGUGCCGUGGGCCGAGAGCCAGUCUUCCCGACUCGCCAGUCGCUGGGGUUGAUGAAAGCGAAGCUGAAGGGGGCGGAAGUAGGCCACAGCUUGUUGAAACGAAAGAGUGAAGCCCUAACAAAGCGUUUCCGAGAAAUCACACGGCGCAUCGAUGAAGCCAAGCAAAAGAUGGGACGAGUGAUGCAAAUUGCGGCAUUCUCCCUGGCCGAAGUUAGCUACGCCGUCGGUGGUGACAUUGGCUAUCAGAUCCAGGAGUCAGCCAAGCAAGCUCGUUUCCGCGUACGAGCCAAGCAAGAGAACGUCUCCGGUGUCUUCCUUCCUCAGUUCGAGAGCUAUACGGAGGAAGGCGUUAACGACUUUGGGUUGACUGGUCUUGGAAAGGGUGGUCAGCAGAUCCAACGCUGUCGGGAAACAUACGCACGAGCCGUGGAGACUUUGGUGGAGUUGGCCAGUCUGCAGACUGCUUUCUUGAUCUUGGAUGAGGUUAUCAAGGUCGUCAACCGUCGAGUGAACGCGAUUGAGCAUGUUAUUAUUCCUCGGACGGAAAAUACAAUCAAAUACAUCAAUUCCGAACUUGAUGAACUCGAUCGAGAAGAAUUCUACCGCCUCAAGAAAGUUUCGAACAAGAAGCAGAGAGAUAAUGCAGCUGCAGAUGCUGAAAUUCUUGCCGCACGGCAAAAGGCCGCCGAGAAAGAAGCACAAAACGGCACUGCUGACACGUCGACGGUCACGAAUAAUGAGCCAGAAGCUACUGAUGUCUUGGGCGAGCAGGAAGACAAUGAUGUUAUCUUUUAA